UCAUGGGAGGAGAAUGAACAGGUGAGGAGAGGACGUGUCACUACUGACGUUGUUCCUCAUUGCAGGACGUAUCGACCAGCCUACAUCCAAAUCUGCAAGCAAACACGGACCCAGCUGAAGCGGUCCGGGAUCUUAAGGAUGGCUCUAGCAGGCACGGACACGAUGGACCAGGACGGACCAGGAGAGACAUUCUUAUUCCGAGCUGUUAGGAUAGCAGCUGUGGUCGCUCUGUACUGGUUUGUCUCUAUAACUAUGGUUUUUCUGAACAACUUUCUGCUGGAUAACAAAGACUUGGACGCGCCGUUGUUCGUCACAUUCUUCCAGUGUCUGGUGACCGUGGGGUUGUGCUGGGUCAUGCAGAUGCUGGCGAAACUGUGUCCGGGAUUCAUCGACUUCCCGACGGUCAGAUUUGACACGAAGACGGCUAGGGAGGUCCUUCCCCUGUCUGUUGUGUUCAUCAGUAUGAUCACCUUCAACAAUCUGUGCCUGAAGUUUGUCGGAGUGGCCUUUUACACGGUCGGGAGAUCACUGAGCACAGUUUUUAAUGUGUUUUUCUCCUAUUUAAUCCUGAAACAAACCACAUCAAUCCAGGCUCUGCUCUGCUGCGGGAUGAUUCUAGGUGGAUUCUGGCUCGGCGUCGAUCAGGAGGGCGUGGCAGGCUCCCUCUCUUGGACAGGUGUCUUCUUCGGGGUGCUGGCCAGCGCUUCUGUUUCUCUAAACGCCAUCUACACCAAAAAGGUGAUGCCAGCAGUGGAUGGAAACAUCUGGAAACUCUCCUACUACAACAACAUUAACGCCUGCGUCCUCUUCAUCCCGCUCAUCCUGGUGUUUGGAGAGCUGGGCCGUCUCAGCACUUUCAGCCACCUCGCUGAUCUCACUUUCUGGGGCAUGAUGACACUCGGAGGGGUAUUCGGUUUCGCCAUCGGCUACGUCACCGGCCUCCAGAUCAAGUUCACUAGUCCACUGACGCAUAAUGUCUCGGGAACUGCUAAGGCCUGUGCGCAGACUGUCAUUGCAGUGAUGUACAACUCCUCCACUAAAAGCACGCUGUGGUGGACCAGUAACAUGAUGGUGCUCGCGGGAUCGUCUGCUUACACGUGGGUCAAAAGUUUAGAAAUGAAGAAGACUCCAGUGAAAGAUCCUCAGGAUUCAGCCAAGGAGAAACUGCUGCCAUAGAAAGGUGACCUGGGAGUGUAGGUGCUGCUGCAGGUCACAGUUAGACUUUUACAGAUGAAAAUGCACAUAUAAAAUAAGUGAAUAUGGUUGGUUUUAAUCAUCUUUUUAUACACUCUGGUGUAAGGCUUGAAGGACUUUGUAUCUUUUUUAUUUAAAGCUAUUGACAUUUAUAAGGGGCCUUUUUAUACUAGUGUUAUAAAAUGAAGUGUCUGGGAAAAUGCAUUUUAAAGCUAUAAUGUAGAAGUGAAGGGUUAUCAUGGUAUCAUUCACAGGGAAGGGUUUAUUUAAUCAGAUAGAGCGUGAUAGCAUCAAGCCAGUUUAAUGAAUGUAUGUCACUGUCUUUUUAAUGUUCAUAGCCUAUGGCUAUAGGAGCAUGUCUGCUUUUCAGCAAAGAACACAACCAGGGAAAUGGGCCGUUAAUAUCAUGGAAAAAUCAGAAAAGAGGGCAUUAGUAACCUAGUUACACUGGGACCGGUACAGUCAUGGACGAAAACAUUGGCACCCCUGGACUUUUUCCAGGAAAUACAUCAUUUCUCCCAGAAAUUGUUGCAAUUACAAAUGUUUUGAUAUACACGUUUAUUGCAUUUAUGUGCAUUGGAACAACACAAAAAAUCUGAAGAAAAAAUACAAA